AUGAAGCUUACUUUGGGACUACUUGCAGCUUUUGCUGGCUGCUCAGCGGCCGCACAUCCCGCCGGCCAGGUCUUCACCUUUCCUUCGCGUGGCUCGUCAUCGACUCCCGCCCUUGGUCGCGGUGCAGCUCACCUCAUCUUCCUCCAGCGCCUAGCCAGCUCGACAAGCGAGCCGUCGAUUCACGAUAUCCCUACCGAGAUUGAUGCCGAUACGGCCGUCAGCCUGAUCAACACGUAUGGCCGCGAAAUCCCAUCGCUAUUUGAUGACAAGAAGGACGGGCCUCGACGACUACUCGUUAUGCUCGAGGGCAUGACGCAGAAGCAGAUGCAAACUACAGAGCGAACUCUCCAGGCCAAGCCUGUAUUUUCUAUUAUGGACCCUCCUUCGACAUCAGCCAACGAGGAGCUCUUUGAGGACGACUUCUACUCCGUCAAGGCUGCGCCUAAGGAAAAGUGCAAGCUGGGCGACAUUUUAAACCAGAAGCGUCCUGGAUGUUGGAAUGACCGCGUUGCUGCUGUCAAAUAUAACGUGGAAUCGACUCCUGCCAUCCUCGACGAGCUAGCGAGCGACUUGAAAACCCUCGGGAAGCUUGCCAAGAAGGGCGAGAUUGAAUCGACUGUUGUAUUUAUCCCUACUGCUGGCGAAGUUUCCCAUGCGGCCUACUGGUCUGAUGCUUCUGGAGAGCUGCGCCGACGACAAUCUGAGCAGGUCAUCUCUACACCUGCAAGCGACAAGGACGCGUCGGCAGCCGACAAGGUCAAGGUUGCCAAGGCUAAGGCGAACGUAGUCGUCUGCUACGAUACGAAAGCAGCCUGUGAAGAGGCUACAGAUAGCUGCUCUUCCCACGGAACCUGCUUUGACCGAUAUAACCCACCAAGGGAUGAGGACGAGGAUGAAGAGGGACUGCAAAGCCGUGCUCCCUCUGGUCCCUCAUGCUUCAUCUGCAAGUGUGGCCAGACGAGAGACAAGAAGACCGACAGCUUGACAAGCUGGGGAGGUGCUACAUGCGCCAAGCAGGACAUUAGCACACCUUUCUGGCUGCUUGUUAGCAUCUCUGUUGUACUUGUGCUUGCUGUAACUAUGUCCAUUGGCUUGUUAUUCAGCGUUGGCGAGGAGAAGCUGCCUGGUGUGAUUGGUGCAGGCGUGUCCAAAAAAUAG